GAUAUCAUCAUAAAUUUACUACCCUAUUGAUUGAUACCAUUUGAUCUUCUAUAAAUCUGUAGAUCAUCCCAGCACCGAAGCCUUGGUUUCCAGUAUCCGCCUACCGUUAUCUUUCAACGCACCCUCACGAUUUGUCACCACCUCGAGUCCUACCCGUACAAAAGUUUAUACAGACCCUCUGAUCUGCGGAAUCCGCACAUAUACUCAUUUUUCUUUGUGGCUUUAUCCUCACUGACAUCCUCGUGCAACAAUAAGCCAGUGAGCAGGUCAUUUAGCUGGGCGAGGGGCAGAGGACUAUCUAAAUAGUCAUUCCUAUUGAGGGUAAUUCCUACAUUAUGUCCCACUCUCUUCUGUAUGAAAGGGCCCGUUCUUACCACUGAGUUUGUAGCCAGAUUUUGAGCCUAUACAGCACGGGAAGGUCAUUUCAGAUGAAUAAAUCUCCAGUCCUGCUGGAUACGGGGUUCCUGCUGGGCAGGUUAACUUCUGGGGCUAAACGAGGUGUAAGAACCGGGAUUUUUUUCUUAUAUAUGAUACCUCCGUACUUUGAGUUCUCUUAGCAUUUCCGUCUAUUAAUUGCGAGGGAAGGUCCCGUGUUCUUUUUAUUGAGUUUCGGGAGAUAACUUUCCUGAACUUAAGUUGUUGUUUUUUUUGCCACUGUUGUGUUCUGCCUCUCUUCAACCUGCAUAACCUCUCUACCGGUAGGUUCCCCCACAAGGUCGGAUCAGGCGUUCGGACAAUCUCUGGUUCCGGACUGUUGCAACGCUGUCCUUUCUGGCUGCAGAUCUACCUGCUGGUUGUUGAUCCUUUCUAUUCUUCAUCCCCAUCCUCUUUAUUUCCCCUCGGUUUCUCUGUUAAUGCUAUGAUACCCUCUUCCCCCCCUUCUUUUCUAUAAAAUUUCCGUUGCGCAGAGUAGAAGGCGGAUUGGGAUCUUUGUUCCCUCUGCCUGCUGUGUUUGUUGCCUUGGCCUUAUCGGUUGCCAUCCCGGUACUCUUUUCACUCUUGCGGCCAUUCAUUUUUCGUCUUCCGCUGCCCUGUCCCAUCCAUCUCUCUCCUCUCCUUUCCUUUUUCUUCUGCUUGCUACCCAUUCCUUCCCUCCUUUUCUCUCUUUUAUUGACGCCACCCCCCCACUCCUGAUAUCAUCUUUUCUAAAAUUUCUCCCACUGACAACUGAUCCCUUGCCGUUGCAGGAUUCAAGAGUCAUGGCCACCCAACUAGACACGUUGGACGUUCUUGUCCUUGCGGCUCUACUUCUCGGUACUAUCGCAUACUUCACCAAAGGUUCACUCUGGGCUGUUGAGAAAGGCGCCGCCGCUGGAAUUUAUGGAGGCUCUAAGGCAAAUGGCGCCGCCACAAAGGGCAGCAAAACUAGGGAUAUUGUUAAGACCAUGGAAGAAUCCGAUAAGAAUAUGGUUAUCUUUUACGGUUCACAGACAGGAACAGCUGAAGAUUAUGCUUCCAGAUUGGCGAAAGAGGGCAGUGCUAGAUUUGGUUUGAAGACUAUGAUUGCGAACCUUGAGGAAUUCGACUACGAAAACCUGGACACCCUUCCUGAAGACAAGAUUGCGGUUUUCGUCAUGGCUACUUAUGGUGAAGGUGAACCGACUGACAACGCUGUGGAUUUCUACGAAUUCAUCAUGGGCGACGAUGUUAAUUUUACCGAGGGCGAUCGCUUGAGCAACCUCAAAUUCAUUGGCUUUGGUUUGGGCAACAACACUUAUGAGCACUUUAACGCUGUCGUCCGUCGUCUAACUGCAACUCUCUUGAAAUUGGGCGCUAAGCAGAUUGGUACUAUUGGUGAAGGCGAUGAUGGUACUGGUACUAUGGAAGAGGAUUUUUUGGCGUGGAAGGAGCCCAUGUGGAAAGCACUCCAAGAGGAGAUGGAUUUGGAGGAGAGAGAAGCUGUCUAUGAACCUGUUUUCUCCAUUACCGAACUCACGGAUCUCUCAGUUGAAGACAACACUGUCUACCUCGGCGAACCGAACAAGAAUCAUCUCGAAGGAGCUUCUAAGGGACCCUAUGGAGCCAACAAUCCAUUUAUUGCACCGGUCAAGUCUUCCCGUGAAAUCUUCACAGUCAAGGAUAGAAACUGCUUGCACAUGGAAAUUGAUGUUACCGGCACAAAUCUUUCCUACACUACCGGUGAUCAUAUCGCUGUUUGGCCCACCAACGCUGGUAAGGAGGUUGAUAGAUUCUUGGGAGUCCUCGGUCUUGAAGGGAAGAAGGAUGGUGUGGUCGGCGUUGCCGGGAUCGACCCUACUGCGAAGGUUCCGUUUCCAACCCCUACCACUUAUGACGCCAUCGCCCGCUACCAUCUCGAGAUCUGUGCUCCUGUUUCCCGUCAGUUCCUUGCGUCUCUCGCCGCUUUCGCCCCAACCCCCGCCGCCAAAGAGGAACUCACAAGGCUCGGUGGCGACAAGGACUACUUCCAAGAGACAGUCUCAUCUCGGUAUCUCAACAUUGCACAGGUCUUGGAACUUAACGCACCUGGCGAGGCUUGGUCAAACGUCCCUUUCUCCUUGAUGAUUGAAGGAUUGAAUCGUAUUCAACCGCGCUAUUACUCGAUCUCAUCCUCUUCGUUGGUUCAACCGAAACUUAUUUCGAUCACUUGUGUCGUCGAAUCUAUCAAUAUUCCUGGAGCUUCGCAUGUUCUAAAGGGCGUUACCUCAAAUUACCUUCUCGCCCUUAAGCAGAAACAACAUGGGGACCCGGAACCCGACCCACAUGGACUUAGUUACGCAAUCACUGGUCCUAGGAACAAAUACGACGGUAUCCAUGUUCCGGUCCAUACCCGAGCAUCCAACUUCAGACUUCCUAGCGAUCCUUCCAAGCCUGUUAUUAUGAUUGGGCCCGGCACCGGUGUAGCGCCCUUCAGAGCCUUUGUUCAGGAACGUGCGGCGCUUGCAGAGAAGGGUGAGAAGAUUGGGAAGACAUUGCUGUUCUUCGGCUGUCGGAGGGCUUCUGAGGAUUUCUUGUACCAGGAAGAAUGGAAGGUCAGUGCAUUUGGCACUUCGUGUAGUACCCACCUCGCUGACAUUGUCAAACCAACUAGGAAUAUGCUGAAAAACUCGGCGAUUCGUUCUCGCUCAUCACCGCUUUCUCGCGUGAUGGACCUGAGAAGGUCUACGUGCAACACAGAUUGAAAGAGCACGCUAAAGAAGUUAAUGAGCUUUUGGCUCAAGGUGGCUACUUCUAUGUUUGCGGAGAUGCCGCCCAUAUGGCCAGGGAGGUCAAUACUUCUCUUGGAAACAUCAUCGCUCAGGAGAGGGGUAUGACAGAGACUCAAGGGGAGGAAAUUGUCAAGAGGCUAAGAUCUAGCAAUCUCUACCAAGUAAGUCUGUUUCUUCGCUUGAAUUGCCUAUAUAUGGUGUCCCUAGGCCCUGUGUCAAUAUGGCACGCUAUGCGCAGCUAGCCAAGCUUCUUCUCUUUAUUCCCCCCUUUUUUUCUCCCUUUCUUUCCCAUUUUUCCGCAACAGUCCACUAAUACGCCCUUAAUAGGAGGAUGUUUGGUCAUAAUUGACUAGAAGCCCCUCCGACACGCUAGUGCAGUCAUUUCCUGACGUUCUCCAUGCUUCCGUUUUACUUCUCCUUUUUAGCGCUUCUCGUUAGAGAAUUAUCUCCUCUUCUUCAUACGUUUCAUUUUUUUUUUUUUUUGCCAGUAGGGAUAGAUUAUGAUGAUGUUCAAACCUCCCUCAGUUUCUUUUACGUGCUGAUAAACUUCUUUUCUUUGCCUUCACUUCAAGAAGCACUUUGCGUAUUUUGUUCUUGCUCUUGUUUGGCUUUUGCUUGGGUUACACUUCUGGAUUGGGGGCAAUCUGGUUGUUUGGUUGGUGGGGAAUGUGGGGUGACAUACAGUGCCAUCUAAACGUUUGUGGAGUACCGGUCAGUGCCUUAGAAGGUGUGGGGAAAAAACGGCGAGACGGCAAGGGGGAUCCUAAAAUGGUUUUAAUGCACAUGUCCGUGCAAUUUACAAUAAUAUCAUAAAACUCUUGACUCCG